UCUAGUCAGAGUGAAGUUACCUCAAGAGUCGUUCAGAGACUGUGUGAAAAAAAGAAGAAGAAUGUCCUCGCAUAUGGAUACUCCUUACCAGAGAUACACAGCUACCUGCCCAAUACUGCCACAGAAACUCUUUGUAUCAGCGGCUUCUGGGAGACACUGUUGAGCCGGAUAGGGGAUGAUGUGAUGAUGUAUUUACUGGAACACUGCGCCGUCUUUAUGCUGGUUCCCCCUAGUAAUUGUUACCAAGUUUGUGGGCAACCGGUUUAUGAACUUAUUUCAUAUAAUGUAGACUCACCCCUGGUGUUUUUUAGACAAAGGUUCUCAAAGUAUAAAUGUACUAGCUUGCUUAAAUAUGUGCGAAAAAGGCUUAUGUUUCAUAGAAAGUAUCUUUUAAAGUCAUAUGAAUGGAAGUACAGACAAGGAUGUGAAGAUAAUGUCUCCAUGAGAAUGAGAAAUGAAGGCAAAAACAAGAGACAAAACUUAGUACCCACUGACCAGUGUUCUGCAAAAGCUGUUUCUAAAGCAGGCAAACAGAUCAGAAUGGUUACUGAACAUCAGGAAAAACAGAGUAGCUCCGGUUCAUGUGUUUCAGCUACAGCUCCAUCUCAAAAAAGGAAGAUUCAUAGAGAGCAACCUGAAAUUCCAGCCAAGAGGGCAAAAAUAGGGGAGAAAGUGAGAGAGGAAAAGGCUUGUAAUCUUGUUCCUGAUCUAAACCAAAAUAGUUCCGAGACACCUGAAACUGAAUAUGUAGCACCACGUUCUGAAAGUGUCAUUAAAACCCCCCAUAUUUCUGAAAGAAGUAAUAGUGCUGUGUCUGGUCCUUCUUUAGUUCACACGUCUCGCGGCAGGGGGAAGUUUUUGGCAGGUAAAAGCUAUCUUCUGCAGAGACUUCAGCGUAACAAACCUUUAGGCUCCAACACUGAAAUGCAAGCAGAAACGCACAGGAAAAGAGUAGAGAUGCAUACCUAUGAAUCUCAGUUGCCUUCGGGAGAAACCGAACCCAUGGAGGGUACCUCAAAAUGCAGAGGGCGGGAAAGUCCCCAACCUCAUUUAUCAAAGAAGUUACCAAAUAGACUUCUGAGUUCUGCAGUAUACAUUGAGAGGAAGUCUCUUCUGUAUUCUUGCAGGAGUUUCCAUGAAUGUUUUCCUAAAUCAUUUCUAUUGAAUCGCUUGCAGGACUCUCAGGCAGGUGGAAGACGGCUUAUAGAAGCUAUAUUCUUAAGCCAAAAUCAGGUGCAGCAAAGGCAUAACCAAAGUCUGCCAAAACGCCGCAAGCGGAGAAAGAAGGCGUUGCCCAAACGCUACCGGCAAAUGAGGCAUACAUUUCAGCAAUUGCUAAAGAACCAUGGAAAGUGUGCUUACUUAGCUCUCUUGAGAAAAAAUUGCCCCGUUCGGAUAUCUGAAAUCAGUAUGAGAAAAAUCAAUCUAUCUUGUCAGGCAGCCUUGCCUGGGGAAGCAGAGGUUCAGAAGCAAGCAGAACAGUUUGGGAAAGAGCCUACUAAGUGUGUGUCAAGCAGCAGAUGUGAAUCUGGUCAUACUAAUGUGCCAGACAACUUAGGUGCUCCCGUUGCAGAAUCUCUGCGCGGGGAGUUGUUGCCGAGUGAGGAGCAAAACCCGGGAGAGGCACGAGAUGCAGCCCUCAGGGAGCUCCUCAAGCAGCACAGCAGCUACUGGCAGGUGUACAUGUUUGUGAGGGAUUGCCUGGAGAAGGUCAUCCCUGCUGAGCUUUGGGGUUCAUACCACAACAAGUGCCGGUUCCUAAAAAAUGUCAAAAUGUUCAUUUCCAGGGGGAGGUUUGCUAAGGUUUCAUUGCAGGAGUUGAUGUGGAGGAUGAGAGUGAAUGACUGCAUGUGGCUUCGUCUAGGCAAAGGUGAUUACUUUGUUCCUGCCGAUGAACAUUGUUUCCGUGAAGAACUUUUGGCCAAAUUCCUAUACUGGUUGAUGGGUACCUAUGUGGUUGAGUUGCUCAGAUCAUUUUUCUAUAUCACCGAGACGAUGUUCCAGAAAAACAUGCUCUUCUACUACCGAAAGUUUAUCUGGGGCAAGUUACAGAACAUUGGAAUUAGAAACCAUUUUGUCAAAGUACAGCUACGGCCUCUGUCUUCAGAGGACAUGGAAACUAUCCGUCAAAAGAAAUUUGUUCCUAUGGCAUCAAAGCUCCGGUUUAUUCCCAAACCAAAUGGAUUGAGACCCAUAGUAAAAGUGGACGGUGUUGUUGAACCACAAGCACUCAGCAAGGAAAGCAGAGAAAAGAAGAUGAGUCAUUACAACACUCAACUAAAAAAUCUGUUUAGUGCGUUAAACUAUGAACGGACUAUAAACACCAGUUUUAUAGGCUCCUCAGUGUUUGGGAAAGAUGAUAUCUACAAGACAUGGAAGCAGUUUGUUAUAAAGAUUCUUGAAUCUGGCGGUGAAAUUCCUCAUUUCUACUGUGUAAAGGCUGAUUUGUCCAGGGCUUUUGAUAACAUUCCUCACAAUAAACUUGUGGAAGUGAUUUCGCGGGUCCUGAAGCCUGAGAAGAGAACCGUGUACUGCAUACGGCGCUAUGCUGUGAUUAUGAUUACCCCGAGUGGAAAAGCCAGGAGGCUCUAUAGGAGACAUGUUUCUACUUUCAAGGACUUUAUGCCAGACAUGAAGCAGUUUGUGUCCCAGCUUCAGGAGAAUGCCUCAUUGCAAAAUGCAAUAGUAGUUGAACAGAGUUUAACUUUCCAAGAGACAAGUUCCAGCCUGUUUAAUUUUUUCCUUCAAAUGAUACAUAACAGCAUCCUGAAGAUUAGGAACAGGUACUACCUGCAGUGCUGUGGAAUUCCACAGGGCUCCAUUUUGUCAACCUUACUUUGCAGCUUAUUCUAUGGAGAUAUGGAAAACAAAUUGCUCUCUGGAAUAAAGCAGGAUGGAGUUCUCAUACGUCUCAUUGAUGAUUUUUUGCUGCUUACACCACAUAUAAUGAAGGCAAGAACUUUUCUAAGGACUUUAACAUCAGGUAUUCCUGAGUACGGCCUUUUAAUAAACCCAAAUAAGACAGUGGUGAAUUUUCCUGUUGAUGAUAUCCCAGGAUGUUCCCAAUUUAAACAGCUGCCAGAUUGUCGUUUGAUCCCGUGGUGUGGUUUGUUAUUAGAUAUAAAAACACUUGAGGUUUACUGCGAUUACUCCAGUUACACCUGUACUUCCAUCAGAUCAAGUCUUUCCUUCAAUUCAAAUAUAACAGCUGGGAAAAACAUGAAAUACAAACUGAGUGCAGUCCUUAAACUGAAAUGUCAUAGUUUAUUUCUUGAUUUACAGAUCAACAGCCUUAGAACAGUUCUCAUUAACAUCUACAAGAUAUUUUUACUCCAGGCUUACAGGUUCCAUGCCUGUGUUCUCCAAAUUCCAUUCAACCAGCAAGUUAGAAAAAAUCCUCAUUUCUUCCUAAGGAUUAUCUCUCAGACUGCAUCAUGCUGCUAUGCUGUCCUGAAAACAAUAAAUGCAGGGAUUGCUGCAGGUAACAAAGAUGUAUCUGACAUAUUCCCUAUUCAUGUAGCAGAAUGGCUCUGCUACCAUGCCUUCACUGUCAAACUGUCAAAUCAUGAAGCUGUUUACAAAUGUCUGCUUACAUCUUUAAAAGUCUGUAAGAGACGGGUAAUCGGGAAGAUCCCGGAGGAUACUGUGGCACUACUGCAGGCAGUGACAGAACCAUCUCUUUGUCAAGAUUUCAAAGCUAUCCUGGACUAACUGAUUGAGGUUUAUUUCAUAGUUUUCUCAGGUUUGAAAAUAAAUACUAUGUCUUUAGGUGACUUCUCUGUAAUUUAUUUUGGUCAAGUGGGCAAAAGCAAGUUAAUUCAGAAAUUUUAUAUGUCUGUUUCUCAGGUACCAUACAAGGACAUUAAAAGAGCAGAUAGUUUUGUUAGUACCUUCUUGUUUGGGUUUUUUGUUUGUAGGGGUUUUUUGUAAAUCCGUAGGCUGUUUGAAGUAAUUUACUUGGUUAUGUUCCAUCACUCCCAUCUUCUUGAUGAAAGAAUCAUUAAAUUAUGUUCUGUACAAAAUUAUUUACUUUCUUGGCUCAAUGAGUUGUCUUGAAGGGUUUAUUUUUUUACUUCUCUGUGUUGCAGACUAUUUUAUAAUAAAUUGGUUGGUUAAUUGCAAUAA